UACAUUAAAUACGUAGUACGACUGACUGGGACUAAAUUAGUUUGCGGUGAAGGAGGAUGUGGCGCGUGUACUGUUAUGGUCUCUAAGUAUGAUAAAUUCGAACAAAAAGUAAUCCAUUAUUCUGUUAAUUCAUGUCUUAUACCAUUGUGUACUUUGGAUCAUGCUGCAGUAACUACUGUAGAGGGAAUUGGAAGUACAGAAAAUAAAAUUCAUCCUGUUCAGGAACGUAUCGCUAAAGCUCAUGGAUCUCAAUGUGGAUUUUGUACACCUGGAUUUGUAAUGUCAAUGUAUACACUACUUCGUAAUAAUUCUCAACCUACUGAAGAAGAUAUCGAAGACGCAUGUGAAAGUACGUGUGUGUAA